AAUUUUAUACUUUUCAUUAUCAAGUACACAAGUGUCUUGCUCAAGAUGAUCGCUAAAGUUAUUAUGUUGUCACUUUACGUGACUUAUGUCACGGCCGGUGCUCUUCUUCACUCUUCAUCUUAUACGUCGUGUGGAGAAGGUAUACCAACACCCUAUUUUUUCAGUAUCUUGCAUUGCGCCGAAACUGAAUCUAUAUGUCCUCUUUACAUGGGCCUCCCAAUAAAUAGUAUAUUUACUUUUGCUAUACCUUAUAAGACAGAAUCAAUGAAAGUAAAAGCUGAUUUUCGAUUUUCUACGGGCUUAUCAAUGUGGAUGCCAUAUGUAGGGUUCUUGAAGAAUGCUUGUUGGAAUAUUUUUGAUAAUUAUCAAUGUCCUGCUAUAAAAGGUCAGGUAGGAUCUUAUUCGACAGGUAAUAUAACUGUCCCAGAAAUUCCUGGCCUAGACAAUAUUAGGCUUGAUAUAAAAUUCAUAAUGCAAGACGACCACGAGAGAGAUAUCUUCUGCUUGAUAGUGAAUACUAUAGUUAAAAAAUAUCCAGUGCCUUAA